AUGGCACAGUGGUUACAGCUGCAGAAAUUAGACUCCAAGUACCUGGAGCAGGUGGACCAGCUGUAUGAUGAUACUUUCCCUAUGGCGAUCCGCCAGUACCUCAGUGCCUGGAUCGAGAGCCAUGACUGGUGAGUGAGUAGCAGUGGCUGACUGACUAAGUCUGUAAUUUACACAGUCAGUACGUGUAGGUGUGUUUGAAGCCUGUGUACUGUUCUCAUGAUUGAAUAUGCUACUGUUUGUUAUUCUAGGUAAGGGAUAGGCAACUGGCGGGCCGCAGAUCAAUUCUCCCCCCCCCCCCCAAUAAAAUGUCAACUUACUGUUGAGAGUUAGAAUAGUAUAAAAUGCACAAAGUGCAAUUUUGAAAUUAGUUUGUGAAUCAGCUGACAGUCACUCAAUUAGCCAUGUGAGAUUAAUCUUUUUUUUAGAAUGGUAAAUUAGUCUAGCAGCCAGCUAUCUAAACUUGUAGUCACUCUCACUCAAUCAUUUCUCUCCAGCCUAUGGCAAAAUGUGUAGAAUUGCAGGAAAUUAGCGUUGCCUGAUCUAGAUGCAUGGGUAGAUGAUUGCUGUGAAAGCCUGCGCCAACUACUGUAAUAAGAAAACUGAAAGGAAGAUUAAGAGAUGUAUCAAGGUUGCGAUGUGGUUGACACUUUCGUUGUUGAUGUACAGGUUGUCAAACUCUUCACCUAACACCUUCUAAGAGACAGUGGGGGAAAAAAGUAUUUAGUCAGCCACCAAUUGUGAAAGUUCUCCCACUUAAAAAGAUGAGAGAGGCCUGUAAUUUUCAUCAUAGGUACACGUCAACUAUGACAGACAAAUUGAGAAUUUUUUUUCUCCAGAAAAUCACAUUGUAGGAUUUUUUAUGAAUUUAUUUGCAAAUUAUGGUGGGAAAAUAAGUAUUUGGUCACCUACAAACAAGCAAGAUUUCUGGCUCUCACAGACCUGUAACUUCUUCUUUAAGAGGCUCCUCUGUCCUCCACUCGUUACCUGUAUUAAUGGCACCUGUUUGAACUUGUUAUCAGUAUAAAAGACACCUGUCCACAACCUCAAACAGUCACACUCCAAACUCCACUAUGGUCAAGACCAAAGAGCUGUCAAAGGACACCAGAAACAAAAUUGUAGACCUGCACCAGGCUGGGAAGACUGAAUCUGCAAUAGGUAAGUAGCUUGGUUUGAAGAAAUCAACUGUGGGAGCAAUUAUUAGGAAAUGGAAGACAUACAAGACCACUGAUAAUCUCCCUCGAUCUGGGGCUCCACGCAAGAUCUCACCCCGUGGGGGGACCUAGUGAAUGACCUGCAGAGAGCUGGGACCAAAGUAACAAAGCCUACCAUCAGUAACACACUACGCCGCCAGGGACUCAAAUCCUGCAGUGCCAGACGUGUCCCCCUGCUUAAGCCAGUACAUGUCCAGGCCCGUCUGAAGUUUGCUAGAGUGCAUUUGGAUGAUCCAGAAGAGGAUUGGGAGAAUGUCAUAUGGUCAGAUGAAACCAAAAUAGAACUUUUUGGUAAAAACUCAACUCGUCGUGUUUGGAGGACAAAGAAUGCUGAGUUGCAUCCAAAGAACACCAUGCCUACUGUGAAGCAUGGGGGUGGAAACAUCAUGCUUUGAGGCUGUUUUUCUGCAAAGGGACCAGGACGACUGAUCCGUGUAAAGGAAAGAAUGAAUGGGGCCAUGUAUCGUGAGAUUUUGAGUGAAAACCUCCUUCCAUCAGCAAGGGCAUUGAAGAUGAAACGUGGCUGGGUCUUUCAGCAUGACAAUGAUCCCAAACACACCGCCCGGGCAACGAAGGAGUGGCUUUGUAUGAAGCAUGUCAAGGUCCUGGAGUGGCCUAGCCAGUCUCCAGAUCUCAACCCCAUAGAAAAUCUUUGGAGGGAGUUGAAAGUCUGUGUUGCCCAGCGACAGCCCCAAAACAUCACUGCUCUAGAGGAGAUCUGCAUGGAGGAAUGGGCCAAAAUACCAGCAACAGUGUGUGAAAACCUUUUGAAGACUUACAGAAAACGUUUGACCUGUGUCAUUGCCAACAAAGGGUAUAUAACAAAGUAUUGAGAAACUUUUGUUAUUGACCAAAUACAUAUUUUCCACCAUAAUUUGCAAAUAAAUUCAUUAAAAAUCCUACAAUGUGAUUUUCUGGAAAUUUUUUUCCUCAUUUUGUCUGUCAUAGUUGACGUGUACCUAUGAUGAAAAUUACAGGCCUCUCUCAUCUUUUUAAGUGGGAGAACUUGCACAAUUGGUGGCUGACUAAAUACAUUUUUUCCCCACUGUACUGUGUUCCGUGGGCUGGUUGCUAUCAUUUUAAAUGAUGACAAUAGAUUUCAAAAUCCUGCCCCAUUUGGUUCACCUCCUGCAGGGACAUGGUGGCCACCAGUGUUUCCCUGGCGACGGUCCGUUUCCAUGACCUCCUGGGCCAGUUGGACAACCAGCACAGCUGCUUCGCCUUGGAGAACAACUUCCUGUUGCAACACAAUAUACGCAAGAUUAAACGCAACCUGCAGGUAAGGCCAGGGUGGAAUGCGGUAUUCAUUUGUAAGGAUUGACAUGGAUUUAUAAGGUAAAAACACUCAGGCACUGGCUAUUGAGUAUUAUUCCGCAAGACUGGUGCUUUGAUUCUAAGAAAGAAUGCUGCUCUGGAGAUGGUGUUUUAAUGUCAGAUCAGGGCCAAUCAGGAUCGAGGGUAUCAACAAUAUUUCAAUCUGAUGUAAUGACAGAAACUACACUACAUGACCAAAAGUAUGUGGACACCUGCUCGUCGAACAUCUCAUUCAAAAAUCAUGGGCAUUAAUAUGGAGUUGGUCCCCUCUUUGCUGCAAUAACCUCCUCCACUCUUCUGGGAAGGCUUUCCACUAGAUGUUGGAACAUUGCUGCGGGGACUUGCUUCCAUUCAGCCACAAGAGCAUUAGUGAGGUUGGGCACUGAUGUUGAGCGAUUAGGCCUGGCUCGCAGUCGGCGUUCCAAUUCAUCCCAAAGGUGUUCGAUCUCGACCAACCAUUAAUGUAUGGACCUCGAUUUGUGCACGGGGGCAUUGCCAUGCUGAAACAGGAAAGGGCCUUCCCCAAACUGUUGCCACAAAGUUGGAAGCACAGAAUUAUCUAGAUUGUAAUUGAAUACUGUAGCGUUAAGAUUUCCCUUCACUGGAACUAAAGGGCCUAGCCCAAACUAUGAAAAACAGCCCCAGACCAUUAUUCCUCCUCCACCAAACUUUAGAGUUGGCACUAUGCAUUGGGGCAGGUAGUGUUCUCCUGGCAUCCGCCAAACCCAGAUUAGUCCGUCGGACUGCCAGAUGGUGAAGCGUGAUUCAUCACUCCAGAGAACGCGUUUCCACUGCUCCAGAGUCCAGUGGCGGCGAGCUUUACACCACUCCAGCCAACGCUUGGCAUUGCGCAUGGUGAUCUUAGGCUUGUGUGCUGCUGCUCGGCCAUGGAAACCCAUUCCAUGAAGUGCCCGACGAACAGUUAUUGUGCUGAUGUUGCUUCCAGAGGCAGUUUGGAAUUCAGUAGUGAGUGUUGCAACCGAGGACAGAAAAUUAUUUACUCACUUCAGCACUCGGCAGUUCCACUCUGUGAGCUUGUGUGGCCUACCACUUUGCGGCUGAGCCGUUGUUGCUCCUAGAUGUUUCCACUUCACAAUAACAGCACUUACAGUUGACCGGGGCAGCUCUAGCAGGGCUGUUGGAAAAGUGGCAUCCUAUGACGGUGCCAUGUUGAAAGUCACUGAGCUCUUCAGUAAAGCCAUUCUACUGUCAAUGUUUGUCUAUGGAGAUUGCAUGGCUGUGUGCUCGAUUUUAUAUACUUGCCAGCAACUGGUGUGGCAGAAAUAGCCAAAUCCACUAAUUUGAAGGGGUGUCCACAUACUAUUGUGUAUAUAUAGUGUAUCUUGAGGUUCUUUAAAGCAAUAAGUAACUAUUGUAUUGUUUGAGUUUUCAAACAGGAACUGGCUAUCCAGUCCUUUGUUACAGAAGCCUUUUGAUUUAGCAAGCUUAAAGCUGCAAUAUGUAAAUUCUUGGGCGACCCAACCAAAUCCACAUAGAAAUGUGAGGUAUAGAUCUGUCAUUCUCAUUGAAAGCAAGUCUAAGAAGUGGUAGAUAUGUUGUAUGUGCGCUAUUUCUGUGUUUCUCGUUUGUAAGUUUAGUUUUUGCUUCUUUCACUUUCGGUUUUGUACCCCAGCUUCAAACAGCUGAAAAUACAAUAUUUUUGGUUAUUGAAAAUAAUAUUCACAGCAAUUUAGAUGGUACAAUGAUUCUCUACACUUGCUUGUUUUGCCACAUAAACUGAAAUUAGAAUUUUAGCAACCAGGAAAUGGCGGUGCGAUUUCUGCAUAUUGCACCUUUAAUGUUUUAUCUGGUUUGGUUGACAGGUUGUUUAUAAUCAGCAUAGCAGGGACAUUUCCUUUUUAUUAAUUACAUUUCCAAGAGGUAGCAACUAGCAAGUAUGUGAAAAAAAACAGUGGUGCUGGAACAGAACCUUGAGGAACACCCAUUCAACUUUUAAAGUUGAUUAACUGUCUUCCCAGGACCACUUUCAGGCGGACCCUUUGCACAUGGCCAUAACUAUAUGUAACUGUCUGAAAGAGGAGAAGAAAAUCCUGGCAUCCGCCUUAAAAAAAGAGGUGAGACACUUAUCUUGCCUUUUUCAUACUGCUUUAUGGAAAUGUGGGGGUAUAGUCUGUUGUAGUGUGUACAUGUUCUGAAUUGUGAUUAUGAUGCAUCCUCUUAUGUGUUUUCUAGAAAAGUUAUUGUAUGGACAAUUUAGCCAUGAACUGUGAUAUUUCAGCACAUUUCUUAGCAGUAUGUGUGUGUGUAUGUAUUUUUAUAUAUAUAUAUAUAUAUAUAUAUAUAAAUAAAAAGUAAACCGCCUCUGAUAUGAUGUAUUUUAUGUUCAAUCAUUGCUGCAACAGAAGUAGCAUUUCAGAGUGUGAAAACAGACCAUAUUGUCUGUAACUGUUUUUGUCAGGAAAACGUUGGGUCCACACAAAAUAAUGUGGUGUUGGAGAAACAGAAAGAGCUGAACAACAAAGUCAAAGACCUGAGGAACCAAGUUCAGGUGCGCUCAUUUGGCCAUUACCAUGUGAUAUUGGUUAUGUGUUUUUUUUGUCAUGCAAACUACUAUGGCACUGUCCAUUGUAUUGUCAUUCUACAUGAAAAAUAGCCAGUUGAACAGUCUGGGAGAGUAGGAUAGAAAAUGUUUUUCACAAACAUCAUCGAUGUCCAUGAAAAACCAAGUGUGACUUCUGUCCUCUUCAGGAUGCAGAGCAGGAGAUUAAGUCACUGGAGGACCUACAGGAUGAACAUGACUUUAAGAAGAAGACCCUGCAGAACCGAGGUACUGUAGGAGUUAUAGCCUCUAAGCCUGGUCCUAGUCUAUUUCAACAGCCUGGGUCUGGGACACGAGACUAGACUGGUCCCAGAUCUGUUAAUGCUAUAUGUCAGGGUUCCCCAACUGGCGGUCCAAUGGCCGAAUUUGGCCCCCCCAAGUUUUAUUGAGCCCCCCAAAAAUACAUACCGUGCCCUUGACUUUUUCCACAUUUUGUUACGUUACAGCCUUAUUCUAAAAUUGAUUUAAAUGUUUUUUUUCCCCUCAUCAAUUUACACAAAAUACCCCAUAAUGACAAAGCAAAAAUAGGUUUUUAGACAUUUUUUGCAAAUGUAUUACUAAAUAAAAAACAGAAAUAAUACAUUUACAUAAGUAUUCAGACCCUUUACUCAGUACUUUGUUGAAGCACCUUUGGCAGCGAUUACAGCCUUGAGUCUUCUUCGGUAUGACGCUACAAGCUUGGCACACCUGUAUUUGGGGAGUUUCUCCAAUUCUUCUCUGCAGAUCCUCUCAAGCUCUGUCAGGUUGGAUGAGGAGCGUUGCUGCACAGCUAUUUUCAGGUCUCUCCAGAAAUGUUAGAUUGGGUUCAAGUCCAGGCUCUGGCUGGGCCAUUCAAGGACAUUCAGAGACUUGUCCUGAAGUCACUCCUGCGUUGUCUUGGCUGUGUGCUUAGGGUCAUUGUCCUGUUCGAAGGGGAACCUUCGCCCCAGUCUGAGGUCCCGAGGAGGUUUUUAUGAAGGAUCUCUCUGUACUUUUCUCCGUUUAUCUUUCCCUCGAUCAUGACUAGUCUCCCAGUCCCUGCCGCUGAAAAACAUCCCCACAGCAUGAUGCUGCCACCACCAUGCUUCACCGUAGGGAUGGUGACCGGUUUCCUCCAGACGUGACGCUUAGCAUUCAGGCCAAAGAGUUCAAUCUUGGUUUCAUCAGACCAGAGAAUCUUGUUUCUCAUGGUCUGGAGUCUUUAAGUGCCUUUUGGCAAACUCCAAGCGGGCUGUCAUGUGCCUUUUACGGAGGAGUGGCUUCCGUCUGGCCUCUCUACCAUAAAGGCCUGAUUGGUGGAGUGCUGCAGAGAUGGUUGUCCUUCUGGAAGUUUCUCCCAUUUCCACAGAGGAAUCUAGACCACUGUCAGAGUGACCAUCGGUUUCUUGGUCACCUCCCUGACCAAGGCCCUUCUCCCCCGAUUGCUCAGUUUGGCUGGGCGGCCAGCUCUAGGAAUCCUGUCUCGGAGCUCUACAGACAAUUCCUUCGACCUCAUGGCUUGGUUUUUGCUCUGACAUGCACUGUCAACUGUGGGACCUUAUAUACACAGGUGUGUGCCUUUCCAAAUCAUGUCCAAUCAAUUGAAUUUACCAUAGGUGGACUCCAAUAAAGUUGUAGAAACAUCUCAAGGAUGAUCAAUGGAAACAGGAUGCACCUGAGCUCAAUUUCGAGGCUCAUAGCAAAGGGUCUGAAUACUUAUGUAAAUAAGGUAUUUUUGUUUAUUUUUAAUACAUUUGCUAAAAUGUCAAAAAAAAACUGUUUUCGCUUUGUCGUUAUGGGGUGUUGUGUGUAGAUUGUUGAGGAUUAUUAUUAUUUUUUAAAUCCAUUGUAGAAUAAGGCUUGUAACAUAACAAAAUGUGGAAAAAGUCAACGGGUCUGAAUAGUUUCAGAAAUGUUUGUAAAUCUUUUCCCAAGUAUUCCCACAUAUAAUAGAGAGACACUUGAUCAUAUACAAAUGUAAGCAAGGUUUGAAAUGAUUGUUUUAGUCUAAUAUUAUAUCUGUUUGGGCUUCUUGCGGUCAUCAUCUAGAUGAUGAUCCCUGCUCUAUGCUUUCGCCAAUGUGAAGGCACUGAAAUAACAACUUACUCCUACUGUACUAAAAACUAGUUUCCGGGCUGAAGUAUCUGUGCUGUGAAAUUCCAGACCUUUCUUUUAAUAUCAAAUUGGGAAUGCUUAAUGCUAUAUCAAUUGUGACUCUCUGUACUUGUCAGUGGAACAAGAGGUGAAUGGGAUGACACUGUCACUGGUGGUACAGAAAGAGAUCCGUGAAGAGGAGAUGGUCAUCAGUGCGAUGUUCAUCAAACUCAACAUAACCAGAGAGGUGUGUGUGCGUGGAUGCGUGUGUGUCCGAGUGUGUACGCUGUAUGGUGAGCUUGUGAUGUAUGGUUAGCUUGUGAUGUAUGGUUAGCUUGUGAUGUAUGGUUAGCUUGUGGUGUUUGUUUCUCCCGACCUAUAGGCGGUGGUGCAUCAGAUAGCUGACAUCCUGAACUUGGCCGAGCAGAUCCAGUACACCCUGGUGAUGGAGGAGAUGCCUGACUGGAAGCACAGACAGCAGAUUGCGUGUAUUGGUGGUCCACCUAAUGCCUGUCUAGACCAGCUACAAACCUGGUCAGCCCUGCCUCCUGUCCACCUCAGCUCCUGCCACUGCCCUUACACCUAACCUUAGACCCUGUAAGAUACUUUCAACAGCACACUUUCAACCAUAACUGUGUGUGUGUGUGUGUGUGUGUGCGUGUGUGUGGGUGUGCAGGUUCACUGCAGUGGCAGAGGGCUUACAGCAGGUACGCCAGCAGCUGAAGAAGCUUCAGGAGCUGGAACAGAAGUACACAUACGAGAAAGACCCCAUCGCUCAGGGAAAAAGCACUCUGGAGGAACGCGCUCUCGUCCUGUUCAAGAACCUCAUUGUCAAGUGAGACCCCGCUCUAUGUCACCUAUGUCUAUGUUCUUGUACCCUAUGCUUUGACUUCUUUCUCCCCUCUCUCUCCAGAUGAAAUCUUGAGACUUGUGACGGCCGGCCGCCCAACAACCUGCCCGCUUGACCCUAUCCCAUCCUCUCUUCUCCAGACCAUUUCCGGAGACCUUCUCCCCUACCUCACCUCGCUCAUCAACUCAUCCUUGACCGCUGGCUAUGUCCCUUCCGUCUUCAAGAGAGCGAGAGUUGCACCCCUUCUCAAAAAACCUACAUUCGAUCCCUUCUUUCUUUUCUCUCCAAAACUCUUGAGCGUGCCGUCUUUAGCCAACUCUCUUGCUAUCUCUCUCAGAAUGACCUUCUUGAUCCAAACCAGUCAGGUUUCAAGACUGGUCAUUCAACUGAGACUGCUCUUCUCUGUGUCACGGAGGCUCUCCGCACUGCUAAAGCUAACUCUCUCUCCUCUGCACUUGUCCUUCUAGACCUGUCUGCUGCCUUUGAUACUGUGAACCAUCAGAUCCUCCUCUCCACCCUCUCCGAGUUGGGCAUCUCCGGCGCGACUCACUCUUGGAUUGCAUCCUACCUGACAGGUCGCUCCUACCAGGUGGCAUGGCGAGAAUCUGUCUCCGCACCACGUGCUCUCACCACUGGUGUCCCCCAGGGCUCAGUUCUAGGCCCUCUCCUAUUCUCGCUAUACACCAAGUCACUUGGCUCUGUCAUAUCCUCACAUGGCCUCUCCUAUCAUUGCUACGCAGACGACACACAAUUAUUCUUCUCCUUUCCCCCUUCUGAUAACCAGGUGGCGAAUCGCAUCCCUGCAUGUCAGUGUGGAUGACGGAUCACCACCUCAAGCUGAACCUCGGCAAGACGGAGCUGCUCUUCCUCCCGGGGAAGGACUGCCUGUUCAAUGAUCUCGCCAUCACGGUUGACAACUCCAUUGUGUCCUCUUCCCAGAGUGCAAAGAACCUUGGCGUGACCCUGGACAACACCCUGUCGUUCUCCGCUAACAUCAAGGCGGUGACCCGAUCCUGUAGGUUCAUGCUCUACAACAUUCGCAGAGUACGACCCUGCCUUACACAGGAAGCGGCACAGGUCCUAAUCCAGGCACUUGUCAUCUCCCGUCUGGAUUACUGCAACUCGCUGUUGGCUGGGCUCCCUGCCUGUGCCAUUAAACCCCUACAACUCCUCCAGAACGCUGCAGCCCGUCUGGUGUUCAACCUUCCCAAGUUCUCUCACGUCACCCCGCUCCUCCGCACACUCCACUGGCUUCCAGUUGAAGCUCGCAUCUGCUACAAGACCAUGGUGCUUGCCUACGGAGCUGUGAGGGGAACGGCACCUCCGUACCUUCAGGCUCUGAUCAGUCCCUACACCCAAACGAGGGCAUUGCGUUCAUCCACCUCUGGCCUGCUGGCCCCCCUACCUCUGCGGAAGCACAGUUCCCGCUCAGCCCAGUCAAAACUGUUCGCUGCUCUGGCACCCCAAUGGUGGAACAAGCUCCCUCACGACACCAGAACAGCGGAGUCACUCACCACCUUCCGGAGACACUUGAAACCCCACCUCUUUAAGGAAUACCUGGGAUAGGAUAAAGUAAUCCUUCUACCCCCCCUUACCCCACCCCAAAGAAGAAGAAAAAAAUUUAAAACAUUUAAAAUAUUGUAAAGUGGCUGUCCCACUGGCAAUCAUAAGGUGAAUGCACCAAUUUGUAAGUCGCUCUGGAUAAGAGCGUCUGCUAAAUGACGAAAAUGAAAUGUAAAAUGUUGUAGCAAUCACAUACACAUUAGGGUUUAAUCAGUAUACCGGGACUUCCCGACCAAGCUCCUUCCCGAUUCUCGAGAAAAAUAUUGAUGGGUCCUGUGGACCGAUAAUAUACACAUUUUAUGCAGCACUAAUGCAAAAAUACUAAAUAUGCUUUGCGAAUACCUGCAUGAAUGAACAGGACAUAUCAAUAUCUGGCUUCAUUCAUAGCCUACAUUAGACAAGUCCUCACAUCGCUAGCAGCCUACCAUAUUUUGCAAACUCAAUGUAAAGUCCCCAAUAGAAAACAUAACUUCUAUAAAUUGCAUUGCUGACUAUCAUGUGUAGGCUACACGCAACCUCUUGACGCAGUUCCUGAAGGCAAUCUCCACCUCACAUUCACAAAUCUUCAAACUAUCUUUGUGGCACUGGCAGAGUCUCACAAUAUAAACAGGAGCCACUCACUGUUACCAAAAUGUCUGGUACAUUGUGUUCACAAACGUGCUCGAGGAAAUACAUUUGCAACAUUGAUCCAUAAUGUUACAAUAACAAAAAGAGUGCACGGGUGCUAUCCAUGUUGCUGAAUCUCCACUACUAGGCCUACUUGCUUGUCUGUUUGUUUAGCGGAGAAUCAGAUAAGUUGUUCCCUUUGACAAAGUCACCACAAUACCACAACCUUCUGAAAUCCCCCGAUAGCCAGGUGCAGGGGAUAGAAAAGGGCCAACAAGCUGGCUGACAUCUAAAACGAAUUACAUUUUCACUAGGCUGUAGGCUAAUAACCUCAUCAUAUUUGUUCUGUCUCCUGGGCUUCAUAACCACGUCUUUAUAACAAUUCAAUAAUGAUGAGACUGGAGACAGGAAUCUGUUAAAACAUUUAUCUAGAACGUGUUCAGUCUCAACACAUGCAACUCCCAUGAUGCUCUGUUGCACAACCCCAAUACACCACAUCUCCUCCUUUCUUACUUAAAUUAUUAUUAUUAUUAUUAAUUUUUUUUCUUUUUUUUUUCUUUCUGGGGUUAGAUCAGCUUAAUAUUGCAUAUAGAAGUUACAAUCUAUCAAUGUAAUUGUCUCCAUCACUUCCAAUCCCCCAUGUUUUUUUUAUAUAUAUACUCCCCUUUAUUAUUUUUCAACCCUGCCAUCCUUUCCCUACUUGGGGUAAAUUAGUGAACAACAAUGCCCAGGCCUCUACUUCCAGCCUAUACUUACUAUCUACACCUUAUGGACACAGUCAAUUUUACAAUAAUUCUAUUUUAUUUGUUUUUGCUCCUGAACUUCUUCUACUCUCAACCUCUCCGAUCAUUUUCAUGAUGUCCAUCUGGUUUGCUUCUAUAUGCCAUAUCUUUCUAACUGUGCUCUUUCCCAAAAGCUCCCAACAUACAACCUAUAUACUUUCUUACUUAAAUUGUCCCCAUUAUGAACAACAGUCCCGAGAAGGUGACUGUGAGGCCCUAGGUGACGACUACUGGGUCAGGGUGUCACCCAGUAACAGUUCUAGACCACUCACGACUGGUGGUUCUGUCGGUGUGGCUUUACUCAACAGUAACUGAUAUGUGUGCCUUUUCCAGAUGACAUCUUCUGCAGUCUGGACAGUGUAGGACACAGGACCAGUUGGAUCAAUGACUGUAGCAGGAACCCACUUUGGCCCGUUGAGGUAGUUCUUAGCUAAGAUAGUUUAUCCAGGGUUAAAAGCUCUGUUCUUUGCUCUCAGUUCACAACGUUUGACUUGACUGUCCUGUUGACAUCGCGUUCGCAUCUCCUUUGCGUUCAGAGGUUUGAGUAGGUUGAAGCUUGUGCAUAACUCUCUCUUCUUGAGUAGCGAUGCAGGCGAAGCCUUGGUGGUUGCGUGAGUCGUGUUCCUGUAGGAUAGCAGUAAGCUGUUCAAACAUUGUUGCAGUGUCCCUUGACCUUGAGACACUUUUAAGGCAUGUUUCAUGGUCUGUACGAACCUCUCUGCCAGCCCAUUGUUAGAUGGAUGGUACGGGGUGGACCUGAUAUGCUGUACACCAUUCACCUGUAGGAACGUAGUCAUUUCUUAGGACACUAGCUGCGGUCCGUUGUCGCUAAUGAGUUGGAGUGGUGAUCCGAACUGACUAAGCACUCUUCUCAGCAGUAGUAGACCUCAUGAUGGCAACUCUGGUCACUUGCUAUGAGCAUCAAAGACCAUGAGAAACAUUUUGUCUUCGAAUGGACCUGCGAAGUCAACGUGAAUGUGUUGCCAUGCUUCCUUCGGCCAAUCCCACGGAUGAAGAAGUUGAGGUACAUUGCAAACCUUCUGACAUGAGGAGCAUGUUUUUGCUUUCUCCUCAAUGCUUCCAUCCAAAAAUGCCACCAGAAGUAGCUUUGUGUGAUUUCCUUCAUGCAAACCAUUCCACAAUGACCUGAGUGUAGCUGUUGCAACACUGGUUUCCUCAGUGAAGGCGGAAUGAUAACUCUCCUCCCCCACAGCAGACAACCAGAUGUAUUGACAGCUCAGUUCUCCUGGAAAGGUAAGGUUUCAGUUCUGGAGCAUCUCCUGCGGCUUUACUUUUGAUGGCAAUGUCCAUUACUUCAGAUAACACCGGGUCAUUUCUGGUGUUUCUUCGCACUUGUGUUGAAGUGACUGGUGCAUUUUCCACUUGCCUGAAGUGGAAGAUGUCCACUUGGGUGACUCCAGCUUGACCACAGGUAGUGGCAACCUGGAAAGUCCAUCUGCGUUGCAAUGCAGUUCUGACUUGCGAUACUUGAUGUUGUAGGUGUGUGCUGACAUUAACAAAGCCCACGUUUGCAUUCUGCUUGCAGCAAGUGAUGGAAUCCCAGAAUGCUGUCCAAUGAUGUUCGUCAGCGAACAAUGAUCUGUAAGAAGGGUGAACUUCCUCCUGUACAGAUACUGGUGAAAUUUACGCACUCCAAAAUCUAUGCCUAGGGCUUCUCGUUCUAUCUGUGCGUAGUUACGUUCUGCUUUGUUCAAUGUCCUCAAUGCGAUAGCAAUCUGCUUCUCUUCACCUGAAGGCAUGAUAUGGGACACGACUGCUCCCACACCAAAUUGGUUUAGCCUCACAAGCUAGUUGGAUGGGCAAUGACGGGUCGAAGUGUGUCAGUGCUUCAGAUUUCAAUAGUGUUUUCAUGAAUGCUUCCUCGCAUUGUUCUGUCCAUUUCCAUGUUUUGUCCUGACAAAACAACUGAUGCAGAGGUUUCAGCUUUGUUGCUAAGCUUGGAAUAAAGUGUCCGUAGUAAUUCAUCAACCCCAGGAAAAAACGUAGUUGGCUCACGUUCUUAGGAGCUGGGGUGUCCAAAAUAGCCUUGACCUUGGAUGGAUCCUUGUGAAGGCCCGUGGCGUCGAUGACGUGUCCAACGUAAUCAACUGAUGAUUGGAAGAAUGCACAUUUGUCCGUACGAACUCACAGGCCGUAGUCCUUCAAUCUCUGCAAGGUUGCAUCCAAGUUCUGGAGGUAGUCCUCUUCGUCUUUCCCAGUAACGAGGAUGUAAUCCAGGUAGCAUUGUACUCCUGGCAAUCCACUCAAGAUUUGGUCCAUCGCCCUCUGGAACAGUGCUGGCACACUUGUGAUUCCAAACGGUAGAUGACAGUACCUGAAGACCCCCUUUAGUGUCACAACGACUAGCAGCUCGUUUGACUUUUCAUCCACGUGCCUCUUCAAGUAGGCUUCGCAGAAGUCGAUCUUGCUGAACUUUUGACCUCCAGCUAAACCUGCGAAAAGGUUGUCAAUGUGUGGUAGCGGAUACUGCUCAGCAGACAACACAGGGUUAACUGUGACUUUGAAGUCUCCACAUAUCCUGAUUCCACCAUCCUUAAAGGGAUACAUUGGGAUUUUGGCAAUGAUGCCCUUUGUCUACUUCCCCAGAGUCAGAUUAACUUGUCGAUACCAUUUUUAUGUCUCUAUGUCCAGUAUGAAGGAAGUUGGAGGUAGUUUCGCGAGCCUGUGCUAACUAGCGUUAGCGGAAUGACUGGAAGUCUAUGGUUAUCUGCUAUCAUGCUCAUUUAGCACAUUUAUUCUAAAGUUUGUCUUCACAGUUGAAUAAAUGUCCUUUCCUUUACUCACUGUAUAUUCCUCCCUUUUAUCACGUUGUUUUCCCGCUCCGACGUCAGUCUCAAAUCCUUUUCUGCCGCCCCAUGACAAUGCCGCCCCAUCUCUUAGCUAUUUCGACUAUGCACUUGCCUCUGCUAGCAAUACACUGUGCUAACAUUAACCUAGACCUGCAGCAUGGAAAAUAACAUUUUAAACAUGUAAAAAAAGGACUUCUUCCAGACAGAAUAAACAUUAAACCCUAAUACACAUACAGUACAGUGAGUGCAUACAUGUUUAGUACGUUUCUUUGGACAAAAGUGUCUGCUAAGUGGCAUUAUUAUCUAUCAUUAUUAUGUAGCAGAGUUGGUUCAGUGAACUACGCUCGCAUGGAAGGUAACCUUGCCUGAGACCUGGGGUGUGAUCAUUAGUCCAAACCGUUACAAACAGAAAAUGUUUUGCAGUAAAAACUAGAGUUUCUGUUGGACAAAUUCAGGUAGGUCCCUCCCUGUUUCGUUCCGUUUGCUUCUGUUUGGUUCCUAAUACAUCCCAGAAGACUUGAGUUAGCUCCCAGAGUUAAUGUCUAGACUAGGCUUUAGUGGAGUGUCAUAGGAGUGUGACUAUCAGAUGAUUGAGAGUAUGUUUCUGUGGUGUCUGUCUUUCAGUUCUAUGGUGGUGGAGAGACAGCCCUGUAUGCCCACUCAACCCCAAAGACCUCUGGUGCUGAAGACUGGGGUGCAGUUCACUGUCAAAAUCAGGUGGGGGAGCCAGUGCCACACACACUCCAAACUCAAUGUGCAAUACUGUAUAGUGAUUAGUUAGUAGAAUCAGCUGGGUUAUAGCAGGGCUGGAGCAAAAGCCUGCCAACCUAAACAACCUUAUUUUAACAAUCUUGUGUCAAUGUUGUCCCCAGACUGCUGGUGAAACUUCAGGAAUUCAACUACCAGCUCAAAGUCAAAGCUCUGUUUGACAAGUAAGUGAAUGAGUGUGUAUAAUAGAAGUGAACUGCCCUGAGAGUAUACUUGAUUCUGUAACCUUUUACCUUGAAGGCCCCUUAUUAAGAUGACACCGCGCGUUCAGAAGUAAUUUUUCAAAUGUAAUUCAUGACCCCUUUCAUAAGCAGCAUAUCUAUAAUAGAGUAAUAGAGAUAAACAGAAAUGAUACUACUAUUCUUAUAUUCAACAUAUUUCAUUAUAUUUGAUCAAUGACAAGAGUCAAAGCUUGAGUCACUGAUGUGUGUUGUCUUUCUUUAGGGACGUCACUGAGAGGAAUUCAGUGAGAGGGUAAGAAUUCAUUUUCUCUUCAUUUUAAAACCUAUACCUGAAAAAGCCUAGCAGUGAUUACAUUUCCUCUAAAUUGAUGUCAUUUUCCAGGUUCCGGAAAUUCAACAUCUUAGGAACUAAUACUAAGGUUAUGAACAUGGAGGAGUCCAAUGGAAGCUUGGCAGCAGAAUUCAGACACCUGGUAUGAAUUGACACAAGAUACAAUGUCGUUGUGUCAUAUACUGUAUUUUUUUAUUUGUACAACCAUGCCAUUUUCACCAGAUUCUGCUAGAAAGCUCGUUUUCAUCUGUAGUCCCUGGGCAGAAAACAAUCAACAUCAAUGCGUCAUUACAAUGCUACAAUAUAACACACUAUUAAUAUAUACAGUAUAUAUAACAAUCUAAAUAUCCAACAAUAGACAAUAUAAUGAUAAUAUUACAUUACAGUUUAAAUGUCCCUUGGUCUUACAGUAUCUGUCAUCUUAAGAGUUGGAAUGUCUUAAUGUUCACAUGACUGGUUUGCCUUUAGCCACUUUUUCAGGUUUGCCUUGACGCUAGGAAAGGUACUGUACUCUCUCACACUGGUUGGCAGGGUGCUCCAUAAUCCAGAUGCUGUUGUCUGGCCAAACUGUAGUGGUCGUUAGUCUGUUACGAACUCUCCUAAGAGAGUGGGUUGUGGUAAGCAUUCUUGCCUUGGGCGACUCGGGUUUGGGUCCCCUAAUUCUGUACCUACCACUGGUCACAGCAAUAUGUACAAAAUAUUAAGAACACCUUCCUACUAUAGAGUUGCACCCCAACCCCCACCCUUUUGCCCUCAGAAUAGACUCCAUUCAUUGGGGCAUGGACUCUACAGGGUGUCGAAAGCGUUCCACAGGGAUGCUGGCCCAUGUUGACUCCAAUGCUUCCCACAGUUGUGUCAAGUUGGCUGGAUGUCCUUUGGGUGGUGGACCAUUCUUGAUACACGAGAAACUGUUGAGCGUGAAAAAUCCAGCAGCGUUGCAGUUCUUGACACAAACCGGUAUACCUGGCACCUACUACCAUAUUCUGUUCAAAGGCACUUAAAACUUUUGUCUUGCCCAUUCACCCUCUGAAUGGCACACAUACAUAAUCCAUGGCUCAAUUGUCUCAAGGCUUAAAAAUAAAUCUUUAACCUGUCUCCUCUCCUUCAUCUACACUGAUUGAAGUGGAUUUUAACAAGUGACAUCAAUAAGGGAUCAUAGCUUUCACCUGGAUUCACCAGGUCAGUCUAUGUCAUGGAAAGAGCCGGUGUUCUUAAUGUUUUGUACACUCAGUGUACGGUAUACUGUAUAUGUCAUACCAAUAUUUGUGUGCUGCAGGUGGCAUCUCAACUACAAUUAUUUUCUUCCCCAGCAACCAAAGGAGCUGAAGGCUACAGGCAACAGAACAAACGACGUAAGGAAAUGUAACAAUUAUUUUAAUUUGUAUCAUUAUGCGUGUGGGAAUGCUGUAUCUAAGCUAAACCACAGUCUGCAUUAGCAUAUCAUCGUUGUCAAUAGAAAACCUAACUGUGUGUGUGUCCACUCAGGGUCCUCUCAUAGUGACAGAGGAGCUCCACUCCAUCAGCUUUGAGACACAACUCUGUCAGCCAGGACUCCAGGUCAACCUGGAGGUGAGAACAACAGUUUAGUUUGUGGAGCUUUCAAUAAACGUGCUAUACAGUCAUAGGAGCAAUGUUUCUGAGUAGUACAUACCAUGGUACCUUACUGUCUGUACUGAUGUGCACUUGUGUGUGUGUCCAGACGACAUCCCUGCCCAUUGUGGUCAUCUCCAACAUUAGCCAGCUGCCCUGUGCCUGGGCCUCAGUCAUGUGGUACAACAUGUUGACCAGUGAGCCCAAGGUACCCAACCCCUCUCACCUCACAAAAUAUAUUCCGUCAUGUGAUCCAUGGGCUACCAAUUUCUGAAGAGCUACUGGAUGUGCAGGCGUUUGUUCCACCCCAGCUCAGCUAAUCAUCUCUGUCCCUCUCUUUCCUCCUCCUCAGAAUCUGUCGUUCUUCCUGAGCCCUCCCGAGGCCACCUGGAGCCAGUUGUUGAAGGUGCUGAGCUGGCAGUUCUCCUCCGUAACCAAGCGAGGCCUCAACGACGAGCAGCUGAGCAUGCUGGGAGGCAAGCUCCUGGGUGAGUCUGGGAGAGGGAGUUCUUAUUGUGACUAGGAGUGGUUUUGUGCAACGACACAGCCACAGCAAAGCCAACUGUGAUUUAAAGGAGCGCUAGUUGUUAGACAUACAUAGGUGAGGUGGCCAAUAGUUUUUCUUGACACUCAUGUCCGGCAAAUGAGUUUAGGUAGCCAAUUGAUUUGGCUAACUCAUCUUAGAUAAAGGCUAACAAUACAAUUGUUGCUUAAGAUCUAUUCACCAUAUAAAAAAGGUGCAUAAACAUUCCUCACUUCCCUCAUCAACUCAUCCCUGACCACUGGCAGCGACCCCUCUGACUUCAAAAUGGCCCGAGUCGCUUCCCUCCUCAAGAAACCAACACUCGACCCAUCUGACGUCAAAAACGACAGACUGGUAUCCCUUCUUUCUUUUCUUUCCAAAACACUUGAGUGUGCUGUCUCUGAUCAACUCUCUCAGAACGAUCUUCUUGACCCUAACCAGUCAGGCUUCAAGACGGGUCACUCAACCGAGACUGCUCUUCUCUUUGUGACAGAGGCUCUCCGCACUGCCAAAGCUGACUCUCUCCCCUCUGUUCUCAUCCUCCUAGAUCUAUCUGCUGCCUUCGACACCGUGAACCAUCAGAUCCUCCUCUCCACCCUCUCAGGGCUGGGCGUCUCAGGCUCUGCACACUAUUGGAUUGCAUCCUACCUGGCAGGCCGCACCUACCAGGAGACAUAGAGAGGAUCUGUGUCUGCAUCAUGUACUCUCACUACUGGUGUCCCCCAGGGCUCGGUUCUAGGCCCUCUCCUCUUCUCUCUAUACACCAAGUCACUCGGCUCCGUCAUAUCCUCACAUGGUCUCUCCUAUCAUUGCUAUGCGGAUGACACUCAACUACUUUUCUCCUUCCCCCCUUCUGACACCCAGGUGGCGACACGCAUCUCUGCGUGCCUGGCAGAUAUCUCCGCUUGGAUGUUGGCCCACCACCUCAAUAGCAACCUAAUCCAGGCAAUUGUCAUCUGCUGCCAUCAAACCCCUGCAUCUUAUCUAGAACACUGCAGCCCGCCUGGUUUUCAACCUUCCCAAGUUCUCCAAUGUCACCCCGCUCCUCCGCACACUCCACUGCCUUCCAGUCAAACUCGUAUCCACUACAAGACCAUGGUGCCUUAGGAGCAGCAAGAGGAACUACCCUCCUUACCUUCAGGCUAUUCUCAAACCCUACACCCCAACCCGAGCACUCCGUUCUGCCACCUCUGGUCUCUUGGCCCUCCCCAUUCCUACGGGAGGCACUCCCUCUCAGCCCAGUAAAAGGCUUUCUCUGUCCUGGCACCCCAAUGGUGGAACCAUCUUCCCCCAAAGCUUAGGACAGCAGAGUCCCUGCCCAUCUUCCGAAGCACCUGAAACCCUCCCUACCUCUUCAGAGUUCUUAAAAAUCCCUCCUCAACCUCGACCCCCCCCCCGUAAGUCCUCGGAUAAGAGCGUCUGCUAAAUGACAAAAUGGUAUAUGUAAUGUAAAUGUAAACAGCUUAUGACGAUAGUCCCAGUCAAAAGUUGACACACCUACUCCUUCAAGGGUUUUCUUUUAUUUUACUAUUUUCUACAUUGUAAAUCAAUAGUGAAAGACAUCAACUAUAAAUACACACAUAUGGAAUCAUGUAGUAACCCAAAAAGUGUUAAACAAAUCAAAACAUAUUUUAGAUUUUAGAUUCUUCAAAGUAGCCACCAUUUGCCUUGAUGGCAGCUUUGCACACUCUUGGCAUUCUCUCAACCAGCUUCAUCAGGUAGUCACCUGAAAUGCAUUUCAAUUAACAGGUAUGCCUUGUUAAAAGUUAAUUAGUUAACAUUGAAGAAUCUCAAAUAUAUUUUGAUACUUUUUUGGUUACUUCAUGAUUCCAUAUGUGUUAUUUCAUAGUUUUGAUGUCUUCACUAUUAUUCUACAAUGUAGAAAAUAGUAAAAAUAAAGAAAAACCCUUGAAUGAGUAGGUGUGUCCAAACCUUUGACUGGUACUGUAUGUCAUGUAAUGCUCAUAAGUGUAAGCUAAGGUCAUUCCAUUGAAGUGAACCAAUAAAGUGAACCAAUAAUACUAGGACCCUCCUGUGACAGGUCGAGAGGUAGCAGGAAAUCCUAAUGGGCUCAUCCCCUGGACCAAGUUCUGCAAGGUGAGCAUCACACUUUAAGUUGUUUUAGCCAACCCCUUUGUGUUUACUAUGAGCUGUGUAGUGAGUGUGUCUUUGCCUGAGCAGAAUGUGAAUGGAAAGAGCUUUCCCUUCUGGCUGUGGAUCGAGGGAAUCCUGGACCUGAUCAAGAGACACCUGCUGUGUCUGUGGAAUGAUGGGUAAGAGCUUCGAUUCACACAGUUAGUCUGAAUAUGUCUAGAAUACCUCACCAUCACACCAAUCAAACUCACAUUAUUUCAGUAUGCCUUUCUGAAGCCUUAGGUCUACAUUGUAUUUGUGAAAAGAUACUUUAUUGUGCUAUAAUCCAUUGAAUCUCUCUGGGAGGUAGGUGCAUCAUGGGCUUUGUCAGUAAGGAGAGAGAGAAGGCCCUGCUGAAGGACAAGAAGCCUGGGACUUUCCUGCUGCGCUUCAGCGAGAGCAGCCGGGAGGGAGCCAUCACCUUUACCUGGGUAGAGCACUCCAAUGACGGUGUGUGGUGUGUGUGUGUGUGUGUGUGUGUGUGUGUUUGUAGCUAUUCUGUAACAUACACAUUAUGAAUAUGUGUCCGUCUGUCUCUUCUUGUAUAUGGGUUUCAGUUUGUAUUAUUUUACCAGGUAAUCUGACUGAGAACACACCAUCAUAUCACAUUCUGUGUGUUAAUUUAUGUAUAACUAUGAACAUACAGACAUCCAUUUCCGAACGGUGGAGCCCUACACUAAGAAGGAGCUGGCCGCCGUCUCCUUCGCUGACAUCCUCCACAAUUACAAGGUGAUGGCUGCCGAGAACAUCCCUGAGAACCCUCUCGUCUACCUCUACCCCAAGCAUCCCCAAAGACAGCGCCUUAGCACGCUACUACACCCGCCCCACAGAAGGUAACUAACUCUCUACUACAGCCGAAAUUUAUGUAUUUUGAGGAAAGAUUGAGUAGUUGAAAAGGUACAAAUGGUGUUGUGGACUUCAAUUCCAGUCAAAGCUAUUUAUCCACAAUAUUCACUGCAUACUGUAGCAUACCUUUCAUAUGUUUGUUGUGCCACACCAUUUUCCCCAUUGAAAUACUGGCCACUGGUAAUGUCUUGGUUCUGAUUAUGACCCCUCAACGUGUAUAACUGACCUUCCCAGCUGCUGAGCCAAUGGAGAUGGAGAGUGAGUCUGAGGCUGGCUACAUUAAGAAAGAACUUAUCUCUGUGUCUGAAGUGUAAGUGUGAUUCUUGUUAUGAAACACCUUCUAGUGUUUUUAUAUAGGCUUUCAUUGGUUUUAGAUGCACAGUACAAUGAAAAGUCAAAUGAAGGUAUUUUGGUAUUUUAUUAGGAUUCCCAUUAGCUGAUGCAAGAGCAGCAGCUACUCUUCCUGGGGUCCACAUGAAACAUGACAUAAUACAGAACAUUAAUAGACAAGAACAGCUCAAGGACAGAACUACAUAAAAACAUUUUAAAGGCACACGUAGCCUACAUAUCAAUACAUACACAGAAACUAUCUAGGUGAAAUAGGGGAGAGGCGUUGUGCCGUGAGGUGUUGCUUUAUCUGUUUUUUUAAACCAGGUUUGCUGUUUAUUUGAGCAAAUGAGAUGGAACGGAGUUCCAUGCAUAAAUGGCUCUAUAUAAUACUGUACGCUUUCUUGAAUUUGUUCUGGAUUUAAGGACUGUGAAAAGACCCCUGGUGGAAUGUCUGGUGGGGUAAGUGUGAGUGUCAGAGCUGUGUGUAAGUUGACUAUGCAAACAAUUUGGGAUUUUCUUAUAAAAAGAAGAAGUGAUGCUGUCAGUCUUUCCUCAACUCUUAGCCAAGAGAGACUGGAAUGCAUAGUGUAUAUAUACAGUGGGGAGAACAAGUAUUUGAUACACUGCCGAUUUUGCAGGUUUUCCUACUUACAAAGCAUGUAGAGGUCUGUAAUUUUUAUCAUAGGUACACUUCAACUGUGGGAAACGGAAUCUAAAACAAAAAUCUAGAAAAUCACAUUGUAUGAUUUUUAAGUAAUUCAUUUGCAUUUUAUUGCAUGACAUAAGUAUUUGAUCACCUACCAACCAGUAAGAAUUCCGUCUCUCACAGACCUGUUAGUUUUUCUUUAAGAAGCCCUCCUGUUCUCCACUCAUUACCUGUAUUAACUGCACCUGUUUGAACUCGUUACCUGUAUAAAAGACACCUGUCCACACACUCAAACAGACACCAACCUCUCCACAAUGGCCAAGACCAGAGAGCUGUGUAAGGAUAUCAGGGAUAAAAUUGUAGACCUGCACAAGGCUGGGAUGGGCUACAGGACAAUAGGCAAGCAGCUUGGUGAGAAGGCAACAACUGUUGGCGCAAUUAUUAGAAAAUGGAAGAAGUUCAAGAUGACGGUCAAUCACCCUCGGUCUGGGGCUCCAUGCACUCGCCACCUCCCUGUUGCGCCCCUGGUCUGGUCUGGACCUUGGCGCGCUGCUUCCCCUCUCCUUCCUCCCACGACGUACCAAGUCCUGUCUGGAACCUGGUGUGGGAGACACCGAACCUGGAGAGGGGCUGACGUCUGGCUCUGGACUGGAGCCGCUGACCGGAUCUGGACUGGACCCCGGUGGAGCGGAUUGCUCUGGCUCCAGAGUGGAGCAGCUGACCGGAGCUGAACUGGGCACCGGUGGAGCGGACUGCUCUGGCUCCGGAGUGGAUCCGCUGACCGGAGCUGGACUGGACCCCGGUGAAGCGGAUUGCUCUGGCUCCGGAGUGGACAGGCACGGGCCGUGCCGUACUGGACACACGCACCACUGGCUUGAUGCGAGGGACAGGAACGGGCCGGACCGGGCUGACGACGCGCACCACUGUCUUGGUGCGGGGAGCAGGAACGGGACGUACCGGACUGGCGACGCGCACCACUGGCCUGGUGCGGGGAGCAGGAACGGGACGUACCGGACUGGCGACGCGCACCACUGGCCUGGUGUGGGGAGCAGGAACAGACUGGGCCGGGCUGGCGACGCGCACCACUGGCUUGGUGCGAGGGACAGGAACGGGCCGGACCGGGCUGGCGACGCGCACCACUGGCUUGGUGCGAGGGAAAGGAACGGGCCGGACCGAGCUGGCGCCGCGCACCACUGGCUUAGUGCGAGGGGCAGGAAAGGGCCGGACCGGGCUGGCGACGCGCACCACUGGCUUGGUGCGAGGAGCUGGAACGGGCCGGACCGGGCUGGCGACGCGCACCACUGGCUUGGUGCGAGGGGCAGGAACGGGCAGGAACGGGCCGGACCGGGCUGGCGAUGCGCACCACUGGCUUGGUGCGAGGGGCAGGAACGGGCCGGGCCGGGCUGGCGACGCGCACCACUGGCUUGGUGCGAGGGGCAGGAACGGGCCGGGCCGGGCUGGCGACGCGCACCACUGGCUUGGUGCGGGGAGCAGGAACGGGCCGGGCCGGGCUGGCGACGCGCACCACUGGCUUGGUGCGGGGAGCAGGAACGGGCCGGACCGGGCUGGCGACGCGCACCACUGGCUUGGUGCGGGGAGCAGGAACGGGCCGGGCCGGGCUGGCGACGCGCACCACUGGCUUGGUGCGGGGAGCAGGAACGGGCCGGGCCGGGCUGGCGACGCGCACCACUGGCUUGGUGCGGGGAGCAGGAACGGGCCGGGCUGGCGACGCGCACCACUGGCUUGGUGCGGGGAGCAGGAACGGGCCGGGCCGGGCUGGCGACGCGCACCACUGGCUUGGUGCGGGGAGCAGGAACGGGCCGGGCCGGACUGGGAACACGCACCACUGUCUUGGUGCGGGGAGCAGGAACGGGCCGUACCGGACUGUGGAGGUGGACUGGAGGUCUGGAGCGGAGAGCUGACACAACCCGUCCUGGCUGGAUGCCUACAUCCACACAAUAUGUGUGAGGCAUUAGCACAGGACGUACGGGGCUGUGCACGCGUACUGGCGAUACAGUACGUAGCACCGGCGCAGGAUAUACGGAACCGAGGAGGCGUACUGGAGACCACGAGCGUUGAGCCGGCACACCCCGUCCUGGCUGAAUGCCCAUCUUCGCACGACACGUGCGUGGUGCUAGCACAGGACGUACAGGACUGUGCCGGAACACUCGCGGCACAGUACGUAGCUCCGCAUAACACGGAGCCUGCCCAGUCACAUGCUUCCUAGCAUGAGUACGGGGAGUUGGCUCUGCUCUAACACUAGGCUCCGCCAACCACCCUUUUAGCCCCCCCCCAAAAAAAAAAUAUUGGGGCUGUCUCUCGGGCUUCCUCCUCGGCCGGCACCUUCUGCGUUGCCGCUGCUCCUCUCUAUAGCGCGCCUCCACUGUCUCCUCCCAAGGACAGCGAUCCAUUCCGGCCUGAAUCUCCUCCCAAGUCCAGGAUCCCUUCCCGUCCAGGAUCUCCUCCCACGUCCAGGCUGUCUGCUCCUGGACACGCUGCUUGGUCCUCAUUUGGUUGGAUCUUCUGUCACGAUCGUUUAAAGACUGGUCGAACCAAGGCGCAGCAUGAUAAGCGUACAUGUUUAUUAAACGAAUAAACACACGACAAAACAACAAACAAACGAUACGUGAAGUCUUAAGGUACACACAACAAACCUAUACGGAACAAGAUCCCACAUCCCACUAGUGCCAACAGGCUACCUAAGUAUGGUCCCCAAUCAGAGACAACUAGCAACAGCUGCCUCUGAUUGGGAACCACCCUGGCCAACAUAGAUCUAUACAUACUAGAUCUAACCAUAGACAAUAAACAUAGCACAACACGACACAGAAAAUACACACCCUGACUCAACAAAUACGAGUCCUAGAGUCAGGGCGUGACAAAUCUAAGACGUGCCGCUAUGUUUUGGGCCAGCUGCAGCUUAACUAGGUAUUUCCUUGCAGCACUGGACCACACGACUGGACAAUAAUCAAGAUUAGACAAAACUAGAGCCUGCAGAACUUGCUUUUUGGAGUGUGGUGUCAAAAAAUCUCUUUAUUACGGACAGACCUCUCCCCAUCUUUACAACCAUUGAAUCUAUAUGUUUUGACCAUGAUAGUUUACAAUCUAAGGUAACGCCAAGUAAUUUAGUCUCCUCAACUUGUUCAACAGCCACACCAUUCAUUACCAGAUUCAGCUGAGGUCUAGAACUUAGGGAAUGAUUUGUACCAAAUACAAUGCUCUUAGUUUUAGAGAUGUUCAGGACCAGUUUAUUAGUGGCCACCCAUUCCAAAACAGACUGCAACUCUUUGUUAAGGGUUUCAGUGACUUCAUUAGCUGUGGUUGCUGAUGCGUAUAUGGUUGAAUCGUCAGCAUACAUGGACACACAUGCUUUGUUUAAUGCCAGUGGCAGGUCAUUGGUCAAAAUAGAAAAGAGUAGAGGUCCUAGAGAGCUGCCCUGCGGUACACCACACUUUACAUGUUUGACAUUAGAGAAGCUUCCAUUAAAGAAAACCCUUUGAGUUCUAUUAGAUAGAUAUCUCUGAAUCCACGAUAUGGCAGAGGUUGAAAAGCCAUAACACAUACGGUUUUUCAACAACAGGUUAUGGUCAAUAAUAUCAAAGGCUGAACUGAAAUCUAACAGUACAGCUCCCACAAUCUUCAUAUCAAAUUCUUUCAACCAAUCAUCAGUCAUUUGUGUCAGUGCAGUAGAUGUUGAGUGCCCUUCUCUAUAAGCAUGCUGAAAGUCUGUUAAUUUGUUUACAGAGAAAUAGCAUUGUAUUUGGUCAAACACCAUUUUUUCCAACAUUACUUUGGCUUCCCUCCAGGCCUGAGGACAAAGACUUUCCUCUAGGCUCAGAUUAAAGAUAUGACAUAUAGGAGUGGCUAUAGUGUCAGCUACCAUCCUCAGUAGCUUUCCAUCUAAGUUGUCAAUGCCAGGAGGUUUGUCAUUAUUGAUUGAUAACAAUAAUUUUUCCACCUCUCCCACACUAACUUUACCAAAUUCAAACUUGCAAUGCUUUUCUUUCAUUAUUUGUUUUUUUAUGCUUGAAUACGAUGGCUCACUGUUCAUUGUUGGCAUUUCCUGCCUAAGUUUGCCCACUUUGCCAAUGAAGUAGUCAUUAAAAUAAUUGGCAACAUCAAAUGGUUUUGUGAUGAAUAAGCCAUCUGAUUCGAUGAAAGAUGGAGUUGAAUUCGUCUUUCUUCCCAUAAUUUCAUUUAAAGUACUGUUUUUUUUACAUCAUUCUUUAUAUCAUUGAUCUUGGCUUCAUAAUACAGUUUCUUCUUCUUUUUGUUGAGUUUAGUCACAUAAUUUCUCAAUUUGCAGUAACUCAACCAUUCAGAUGUGCAGCCAGACUUAUUAGCCACUCCUUUUGCCCCAUCUCUUUCAACCAUACAGUUUUUCAAUUCCUCAUCAAUCCAUGGAGCCUUAACAGUUCUAACAGUUUCCUAACAGGUGCAUGUUUAUCAAUAAUUGGAAGAAGCCAUUUCAUAAAUUAAUAAAGUGCAGCGUCUGGAUGCUCCUUAUUAAUCACAUCAGACCAACAAAUAUUUUUUACAUCAUCCGCAUAUGAGUCACAUCAAAAUCUUUUGUAUGAUCUCUUAUACAGUUAGGCCCAGCUGUUGGAACUUUGGCUUUCCUGGAUAUACCCACUAUAUUGUGAUCACUGCAUCCAAUGGGUACGGAUACAGCUUUAGAACAAAGUUCUACUGUAUUAGUAAAAAUGUGAUUGAUACAUGUGGAUGAUAUUGUUCCUCUAGUGUUUGUAAACACCCUGCUAGGUUGAUUAAUAACCUGAACCAGAUUACAGGCACUGGUUACAGUAAGAAGCUUCCUCUUGAGCGGACAGCUUGAUGAAAACCAGUCAAUAUUCAGGUCCCCAAGAAAGUAGACCUCUCUGUUUACAUUACAUACACUAUCAAGCAUUUCACACAUAUUAUUUAGAUACUGACUGUUCGCACUUGGUGGCCUAUAGCAACACCCCAAAAGAAAAGGCUUUAGAUGUGGCAAGUGAACCUGCAACCACAACACUUCAAUAACACUUGACAUAAGAUCUUCUCUAAGCAUUACAGGGAUAUGGCUCUGAAUAUAUACAGCUACACCUCCCCCAUAAGCAUUUCUGUCUCUUCUAUAGAUGUUAUAUUCUUGUAUUGCUAUUGCUGUAUCAUCAAAUAAAUUAUCUAAGUGAGUCUCAGAAAUGGCUAAUAUAUUAAUGUUAUAUGAUGUUAGCAAGUUAUUGAUUUCAUUAACCUUAUUUCUAAGGCUACAUAUAUUAAUAUGGGCUAUUUUCAGCCCUUUCCUGGGUAGCAUAUCAGAGAUAGACAUAAUAAUGAAAAAGCAAACAAAGUAAGAUAAGAAAAUAUAUACAUUCAGCAGUCCAUUAAUCAAUUGGUGUGUGUGUGUGUGUGUGCUGCGGGGUUGAAGCUACGAACCCAUAGGCUUGGCUCUCUCAUACCUUCCAGGCUUCUGGGAGGGAGGGUGGGCAAUGAGCCUGUCAAAGCGGAUGUAAGCAAUGUCCCCACGCGCUCUGGCAGCUUUCAUGGCUGGGAUAAGUUAUUUCCUCUUCUGGCGCACAGUUUCAGGAUAGUCCUAAUUGAGAAAGGUAUACGUUCCUCUCAAGUUCUUGGCUCUUUCCAGAACAGCUACCUUGUUCUUGAACCUCAGGAACUUGACCAUUAUCGGCCAGGGCCUGUCACCUGGGCCGGUGGUGGGUUUUCCAGUCCUGUGGGCACGCUCCACCUCAAUCUUCCUGUGGUUCAUCUUCAAUUUCUCAGAGAUAAUUUCCCUCACUUUGUCCUCAGACUCCGUCCAGGUCUCAUGUGGAGACUCUGCAAUUCCGUCCACAACCAUGUUGUUACGCCAUGAUUGUCCCAUUGUUAUCAUGGAUUCACACAUAGAACUGAUGUCCUCUCUCAAUGACUUACAGAUUGAUGUAAUCGUGCCAUUCUCCUGUUUCAACUCAUCGAGCUGACCCUGGGAGAACUGCAAACUGUUCUUUAGGUCCUGGACCUCUCUGCUCAGGUCGUCCAUUAUUUUAUUAGUCGAAUCCACCAGUAUUUGGACAAAGCACUUGAAGGUAUUUUCUUGUUGUUGUAACAACUGCUUGUAGAACUAUUUUUGUCGUUUAAAAAAAUUAUUCACGUGUGAUAGAGAGACACCACUGUCCUCGACAACGGUACUCCUGCCGGCUUUGGCCUUUGUCAUGGUAGCUAGCAACGUAGGUUACGCUGUUACUCCUCGCAGUUCCAGACAGGGCAGGUCACAGGGAAGAUUCGAAACAACAAACAGCAGGGAUCUAGACAGCCACAAAGCCGGAACAAUCUGCGGUCCCAGCCACAAUGGCUAACCGCGUCGCGGGCUGCGUUCAAGCCCUCAAGAAAACUCCGCUAGCUUGAUAUGCUGCUAGCUAGCUAGCUAGCAGCUAGGCUAGCUGCAACGCCAAAUAGCUCCUCAGACCCAUCCUAGGUUGGCAGGAUCACUGGACAGAGACUAGCAAUCCCAGCAUCUGAUGUCACGGGAUCCAAACUAAAAAGUUAGGUAGCUACUAAGAUCUUCCCAAUACACUUUCAAAACAACAAAUCCGAGCUCUUCCUCGUUCCGCGUUCAAGAGAGAAGGCAGAGCAAACGUAAACUGACACUCACUAUAAAUCCAAACUCCUUGCUUGAGCUACAGUGUUUACAUUUCAUUUCAGGUGUAAAGAAAUAAUGAUAAAACAUUAAGGUACAGUAAAUGCCAAAUUACCUCUAGUUUUCGGCUAGACUUGAGUUUUAUUGAUUUGAGUUAUUCACGUCUAAAGUCUAUAUUUUCUCCUGGUUGUGUCACUCACUGUUGGUUGGGUUCGGUUUCUCCUCAGCCACCCCUCCAGACUACAGGAUACCCUGCUGCCCAUGAGUCCUGAAGUGUACGGAGAACUGACCACGAUUAUGAACCCUGAAAUUGAUACUGUGGUAGGUUUCAGCCAAACAGCACCAGCCGCACACAUUUGAGACGCUGGGAAGAUCUCAAUUGCAUACGCCUCGCGUCCUCUCUCCUAUCUCCUUGAAUCCUUCUCAAAACCCAUUGGAUGAGAAAGCCAGAGGUACCAACUCCCUCACCUUCUCCUCCAAUGAGUUUUGAGAAGGAGACAAGGAGUGACGCGUGGAGUAUGCAAUUGUUGUGGUAGGUUUCAAUAAGGGCAACACCAGCCGCACACUGAGUGUGGUAGGUUAGGGCCAGACAGAACACCGAGUAGAGACAACAAGUCUAAUCAUCAUAAAACAAAGAAUGGGGAAAAGAUGUGAACCUGGGCUAAAAUGACAAUAUAAAUUCCCUAUUUGAGGGGGCUAAUCAGCUGGACGAGUGUCAUAACUGGAGCAUUUAUUUCCAAACCUUUCAUGCAAGGGUAGGGAUAAUUCAUGCAUUUUUACAAUGUGACAGUACACACUUAAUGCAAUCACAAAAGUGCAGCAUUCCACUUUUGAGAUGCAGCCCAUUAUUUUCCCUGAUCCUGGUAGUUCUCAUUUUGUCCCUCUCUCUUCAGAUGUGCACUGCCUUCCCAAACUAACCUGCCCUCUUCAGGCAGCGCCCUUGGAAAACUUGUUACCCCCCGAGCUGAUCUGAAGACAUCCCAGAAAAAGGAUGGUAUUUAAGUUUAAGACAUUUGUUGGGUUUCCUUUGUAAAUACAACUAAAACUGUAUACAUACCGAGUCUGUCGUUUAAUGUACAUGCAUGAGAUUUUGGGGCUUCAAAUCCAGCUGUUUGUAAUAAGGAAUGUCAUUCUAUGUGACUUGUGGGACACGGUAAUAUUUUGUGAAUGCAUAUGUAGUGUGUAAUAACUUAUAAAGUGAAACGGUUAAGCCGUUAUACUGUGAGCUUCAAAAGUAUUGGGACAUUUGACAAAUGUUUUGUUGUUUUGGCUCUGUACUCCA